AAAUGAGAACCAGAAUCAUGAAUUUAAAUGAAAAAAAUAGAGAAUCCAAAAUUAUAUUUAAACCAAAAGAUAAACCAAGCUCACAUUCCAAAGGUUGUUCGUGAUAUUUAUUAGUAUGAUUUUUUUUAAGAAGAUCCAUAAUAUGUUACUAACUUCUAUAAAUGAACGUUCCUAGUAUGAGCCAAAAUAUCACCCCCUUAGUUAUGAACUUAAUUAGCCAAAAAUGAGAGAAAUGCAGAGUGAGGUAAAAUGGGAGAAGAAGGAAGAGGAGGAAGAAAAAGAAGAAGCAGAAGCUCAAGUUGAAAUAUGGAAAUACAUAUUUGGUUUUGUAGAACUAUCUGUGGUCAAAUGUGCAAUUCAACUUGGCAUAGCUGAAGCCAUUGAAAACCACAAAAAACCCAUGUCACUAUUAGAGUUAUCAUCAACUCUAAAAUGCGACCCUUCAUAUCUUAACCGCAUCAUGAGAUUCCUAGUACAUAGGAAAAUAUUCAAAACCAUAUCUACCAACCAUGACAACUAUCCCAGUUAUGUUCAAACACCACUUUCUCGCCGUUUGAUUCGUAACGGCGAACAUAGCAUGACUGCUCUUCUUUUAUUAGAGAGCAGUCCUGUAAUGGUAGCACCUUGGCUAAGUCUAAGUGACCGUGUUUUGGUAAAUGGAAAUCCAUCUUUUAAGAAGGCUCAUGGUGAAGAUCUUUGGAGCUAUGCUGCUUCAAAUAUUGAUCAUAGUAAUCUUCUUAAUGAUGCUAUGGCUUGUGAUGCUAAAGUUGUCGUGCCUGCUAUUGUUGAAGGUUGCAGUGAGUUGUUUGAUGGUGUUGGAUCAUUAGUAGAUGUUGGUGGUGGGAAUGGUACCACCUUGAGCAUCCUUGUUAAGGCUUUUCCUUGGAUUCAAGGUAUCAACUUUGACCUUCCUCAUGUCAUUGAUGUGGCUCCAAAGUUUGAUGGGGUAGAACAUGUGGCAGGUGACAUGUUUACAAGUGUUCCCAAAGCUGAUGUUGUAUUUUUUAAGUGGGUUUUGCAUGAUUGGGGGGAUGAAGAAUGCAUCAAAAUCUUAAAGAAUUGUAGGGAAGCUAUACCAAAAGAAAACGGAAAAGUGAUUAUUGUGGAAGCAGUUAUAGAAGAAGGAGGAGGAGGAGGAAAACACAACAAGUAUGAAGACGUAGGGUUAAUGUUAGACAUGGUGAUGAUGGCACACACAAGCAUUGGCAAAGAAAGAACACUGAAAGAAUGGGAGCAUGUGAUUAAAAUGGCUGGAUUCAACAGAUUCACUGUGAAAUCUAUCAAUGCCGCACAGUCUGUAAUUGUCGCCUCGUGCUAAAAUUAUGACAAAGGAAGCACUGCAAAAACAAUUAUUGUAGUGGAAAAAAAGUUUUGUCUGUCAUGAGUGUUUGAACUUUGUUAUGUUGUAUUUGUAUAAGUGGGACACAGUAACGCUUUUGUAUACAAGGCUACAAGCCCCUGAACUUAAUUUAUUAUAAAUGUCCAUGAUUGAUUGUGUGAUCCAUAUUUGGUAAGUACUAUAAAAUAUUUAAGUGUACCUUUUUUGGUAUAGGGGACCUCAUAAAUGGGUUAUCGGAACCAUCUAACGGCUAAAGA